UGAGGCACGGCACGGCACGGUACGGUACGGUAGCACAGACUGGACUAGACUGGGUGAAUGCAGUCCUCAACACGGGACACUGCCGCAGACACUUUUCCACCAUUUUUUCGGAGAUACGCGGACGCUCUCAGACUGAAGAAAAAUUCAUUUCUCGCCUGAAGAAAAAAUCUCCCCAGCAGCAGGAGGACACGUUAGUCCACCGUUUGUAGCUGUCGAUAGCCACCGGAGUGUGAAUGCGCAGCUCUCAGUUGGCAAAGUAUUUAUUCCUCUUAAAGUAUUGACUGUUUUUUUAAAGAGUCACACGGUAGCUUACGGCAGUGGGGUUUUUUUUUUGGAGGGGGUAAAGCUGUGUGGGAAGGAGCCGUCUGUCCGCCAUGGAGAACGCUCACACGAAGAGUGUGGAAGAAGUUUAUAGUUGUUUCUGCGUCAAUGAGAGCACCGGACUUUCACUGGACCAGGUCAAACGACAGAAGGAGAAAUGGGGCCUAAACGAGUUACCGGCAGAAGAAGGGAAAUCUUUAUGGGAGCUUGUCAUUGAACAGUUUGAAGAUUUACUUGUGCGAAUUCUUCUGCUGGCCGCAUGUAUUUCUUUUGUCCUAGCCUGGUUCGAGGAAGGAGAAGAAACUAUCACAGCCUUCGUGGAGCCUUUUGUAAUUUUACUCAUUCUUAUAGCCAACGCCAUCGUCGGUGUGUGGCAGGAACGUAAUGCCGAGGAUGCCAUCGAGGCGCUUAAAGAGUACGAGCCCGAGAUGGGGAAAGUGUACCGGCAGGACAGAAAGACGGUGCAGAGGAUCAAGGCCAGAGACAUUGUGCCUGGAGACAUUGUGGAAGUCGCCGUCGGAGACAAGGUGCCUGCUGACAUCCGCAUCUGUUCAAUCAAAUCAACAACCCUGAGAGUGGACCAGUCCAUUCUGACUGGCGAGUCAAUCUCCGUCAUCAAACACACCGACCCCGUGCCGGACCCCCGCGCUGUCAAUCAGGACAAGAAGAACAUGCUCUUCUCUGGCACCAACAUCGCAGCUGGGAAGGCCGUGGGUGUGGCGGUGGCCACCGGCGUCAACACAGAGAUCGGUAAGAUCCGUGACGAGAUGGCGGCCACCGAGCAGGAGAGGACGCCCCUGCAGCAGAAGCUGGACGAGUUCGGUGAGCAGCUCUCCAAAGUCAUCUCCCUCAUCUGCAUCGCCGUGUGGAUCAUCAACAUCGGGCACUUCAACGACCCCGUCCACGGAGGCUCCUGGAUCCGUGGGGCCGUCUACUACUUCAAGAUCGCCGUGGCACUGGCCGUUGCCGCCAUUCCUGAGGGUCUUCCCGCCGUCAUCACCACCUGCCUGGCCCUGGGCACCCGCCGCAUGGCCAAGAAGAACGCCAUCGUCCGCAGCCUGCCCUCUGUGGAGACCCUGGGCUGCACCUCUGUCAUCUGCUCUGACAAGACGGGUACCCUAACCACCAAUCAGAUGUCUGUCUGCAGAAUGUUCAUUAUGAACAAAGCCGAGGGUGACAGCUGCUCUCUGACAGAGUUCACGAUCACAGGUUCUACCUACGCACCUGAAGGAGAAGUGUACCAUGAUGCAAAACAAGUGCAAUCCUCCCAGUAUGAUGGACUGGUUGAACUGGCCACCAUCUGCGCCCUGUGUAACGACUCCUCCCUGGACUUCAAUGAGGUGAAGGGCGUGUACGAGAAGGUUGGCGAGGCCACAGAGACCGCACUGACCUGUCUGGUGGAGAAGAUGAAUGUAUUUGACACCGACGUCCACAACCUGUCCAAGAUUGACAGAGCAAACGCCUGCAACUCUGUGAUCAAACAACUGAUGAAGAAGGAGUUCACUCUGGAGUUCUCUAGAGAUCGGAAGUCCAUGUCUGUCUAUUGCACCCCCAACAAGUCCCGUUCUUCCAUUGGCAAAAUGUUCGUCAAGGGGGCCCCAGAGGGAGUUAUUGAGAGAUGCACCCAUGUCAGAGUGGGAAACAGCAAAGUUCCCCUCACCAAAGGCAUCAAAGAGAAGAUCAUGUCUGUGAUCCGUGAUUACGGGACAGGUUCUGACACCCUGAGGUGCCUGGCUCUGGCUACACGAGACAGCCCACCGAAGAUGGAGGACAUGGUACUGACCGACAUUGCCAAAUUCUCCGAGUAUGAGUCUGACCUGACCUUCGUCGGCUGUGUCGGCAUGCUGGACCCUCCCAGACAGGAAGUGGCCGCCUCCAUCAAGCUGUGCCGUCAAGCCGGCAUCCGCGUCAUCAUGAUCACAGGGGACAACAAAGGCACAGCUGUGGCUAUCUGCCGCCGUAUUGGCAUCCUGAGCGAGGAGGAUGACAUCACCCGCAUGGCCUUCACCGGACGAGAGUUUGAUGAACUGUCACCCUACGACCAGCGCGAGGCCGUAACCCAUGCACGCUGCUUUGCCCGUGUCGAGCCUUCACACAAAUCCAAGAUCGUUGAGUUCCUGCAAGGAUUUGACGAGAUCACUGCUAUGACGGGCGACGGAGUGAACGAUGCCCCUGCCUUGAAGAAGGCAGAGAUUGGCAUCGCCAUGGGCUCUGGCACUGCCGUGGCCAAGUCAGCCUCUGAGAUGGUCCUCGCCGAUGACAACUUCUCUUCCAUCGUGGCUGCUGUUGAAGAAGGCAGAGCUAUUUACAACAACAUGAAGCAGUUCAUCAGAUACCUCAUCUCCUCCAAUGUAGGGGAGGUUGUCUGCAUCUUCCUCACUGCAGCUCUCGGCUUCCCCGAGGCCCUGAUCCCAGUCCAGCUGCUCUGGGUCAACCUGGUGACUGACGGCCUUCCUGCCACCGCCCUCGGAUUCAACCCCCCAGACCUCGACAUCAUGGAGAAGCCUCCCCGCAAUGCUAAGGAGCCCCUCAUCUCUAGCUGGCUCUUCUUCAGAUACCUGGCCAUUGGAUGCUAUGUGGGAGCUGCCACAGUGGGAGCUGCUGCCUGGUGGUUUAUUGUCUCUGAAGAUGGACCCCAGAUCACUGUGUACCAGCUGAGCCACUUCCUCCAGUGCACCCCAGACAACCCAGAGUUCGACGGACUGGACUGCCACGUGUUUGAGUCACCCUACCCCAUGACCAUGGCUCUGUCUGUGCUCGUCACCAUCGAGAUGUGCAAUGCUCUGAACAGUCUGUCGGAGAACCAGUCCCUGCUGAGGAUGCCUCCUUGGGAGAACAUCUGGCUACUGGGGGCCAUCUGCCUCUCCAUGUCCCUCCACUUCCUCAUCCUAUAUGUGGAACCUCUGCCUGUCAUCUUCCAGAUCACCCCUCUGGACGCGACCCAGUGGAUGAUGGUGCUGAAGAUCUCCCUGCCAGUCAUCCUGCUGGACGAGCUGCUAAAGUUUUUGGCCAGGAACUACUUGGACUUUGGUAAAGAGCUGGAGAAGCCGGCCAGCAAAGGCUGCUCUCUGUCUGCAUGUACCGAGGGCAUCUCCUGGCCCUUCGUGGCCAUCUCCCUGCCCCUGGUGCUGUGGCUCUACAGCACUGACACUAACGUGUCUGCCAUGUUCUGGCCCUGACUGACUCCAGUACACUACCCUCCCUGUGCACCAGUGUGAAGUGGACAUUAACACACAAACAUCUAACACCGUUACAUUACUCGGAAAACAACUUAGAGUCAACACCUUGCACCUGCUUUGGCAGGCUGUCU